AUGCCGUCGAUCAAGUCCUCAACCGUGGCCCCCAUCACCCACAUCUCCAAGGCCGCCAUCCCAGAGCUAAUCACCGAAUACCCCCAACAACGCUACCACGUCGCCCAACCCAUCGCCCCCGGCACCUUUGUCUCUCCCAAGACCUCCACCGAUGAAGAGUUCAAGGUCCCACUCCUCUUCCAGCCCUUCACCGUCAAGAACUUAACCCUCCCCAACCGGAUCCUCGUCGCCCCCAUGUGCAUGGAUUCCUCCCAGGACGGUUUCGUCUCAGACUUCCAUCUUGUCAGCAUUGGAGCUUAUAGCUUGCACGGUGCUGGGUUGACGAUCAUGGAGGCUGCGGCUGUUACGGAAUUUGGAAGGAUUACUCCUGGAGAUAUUGGCAUUUAUAGGGAUGAGCAUGUCCAUGGGUUGAAGCGGAUUGUGGAUUUUGUGCAUGCUCAGGGUGGAAAGAUCGGAAUCCAGUUGGCUCAUGCCGGUCGUAAGGCAUCGGACACAGCAGGAUACACACAACACGAGCAAGACGAGUUCUGGCCCGAGAACGUCGUCGGCCCUACAGGCGAACUCGCCUGGGGUAAGGACCUCUUCCCCCCACGCGAGCUCACCGUCGAGGAAAUCCAAGACAUUGUCAAGGCCUUUGGAGCUGCAGCAGUCCGGGCCAACAACGCCGGUAUGGACACCGUCGAGAUCCAUGGCGCCCACGGAUAUCUCAUCCACAGCUUCCUCUCCCCCGUCUCCAACAAGCGUACCGAUCACUACGGAGGGUCCCUCGAGAACCGGGCUCGGUUCUUGUUGGAGGUUAUUAAGGAGGUUCGUGCAAACUUCCCUGCCGAGAAGCCCAUUAUCUUGAGAGUUUCCGCGACGGAUUAUGUCCAGCAUUUGGAGGGUCCUUCCUGGGAGAUUGAGCAGACGGUUCAGAUCGCCAAGUGGGUCAAGGACGCUGGUGUGGAUGUCUUCCACGUCUCGUCCGGUGGAAACACAUAUCAGCAAAAGAUCAAGGCCUUCCCCGGGUACCAGGUUCCCUUUGCGGAGCAGGUCAAGAGGAAUGUUCCUGGGCUUCAUGUGGUUGCGGUCGGAUUGAUCAAUGGUGGUGUUCAGGCAGAGGAGGUCUUGCAGGAGGAGAAGGCGGAUCUGAUUGCGAUUGGACGUGGGUUCUUGAGGGAUCCUAGUUUUGUGUUGCAGGCUGCGCGCCAGCUGGGGUUGGUUGCUAAACAUACCCAGCAAUACGGCGCCGUCCAGCGCACUUAA